CACUUUUGCACAACUUACCCAGCGGAUCACUCUCCCCCUUGCUUGCCCUCUUCUCUUCCCAACCCCGUCACCCCCUGUCGCCUCCCUUCAAGCCCCGAAACUCAGGAGCCACCGCCUUCCCGGUGGGGGGCGGGGUGUGAAAGCCGGUGCGAGAGGGAGUCGGGAGUGUGGUCUGGAGAAAGGCGUGGAGAGGAGUGCGGGGAGGGAGCGAGCGAGCGAGCGAGCGCGAGAAUAAAUAUAUAAAUAAAUACGAAAGAGAAUCCACUCGGCAGCCUCUCGGCGCAGAAACUUUGGCCCGGAGCGCGGGAGCGCGCGGCUGCCAGUCGGACGCCACCCCCAGCCCCGCUCGGCAGCCCGGCCUCGCCUCCCGGUUCCGCCCGGCGCAUCCGCCCGCACAACUUCUGGCCGAGCGGAGCGGGCAGAGGCGGACUUGGGGUUGCUGUGUUUGUUUGUUUGAACUUCCUUGUCACCACCUUCCCUCCCCCCAACCUCCGCCCCCACCUCGCCCCCCUCCCCAGCUUCUGGACGCGUUCGACUGCAGCCGGGGGUGGGGGGGUGGGGGUAGGGAGCGUGUGUAGAGGGGAGGAGGGGGAAGAGGUUAAAAAAAGAGAAGUGGAAGAAGAAGGAAAGAAAGAGAUCGCAGCAGGGGUAAAGGGAGCGGACGGGAGGCGAUUUUUGCCGACUCUGGAUUCGUCCCCGGCGUGCGCAAGAAUGGCGGCCCUUCCCGGCACCGUACCGAGGAUGAUGCGGCCGGCUCCCGGACAGAACUAUCCCCGCACGGGGUUUCCUCUGGAAGUGUCCACACCACUUGGCCAAGGCCGGGUCAAUCAGCUUGGUGGGGUCUUCAUCAACGGGCGACCCCUGCCUAACCACAUCCGCCACAAGAUCGUGGAGAUGGCCCACCAUGGCAUCCGGCCCUGUGUCAUCUCCCGUCAGCUGCGUGUGUCCCACGGCUGCGUCUCCAAGAUUCUCUGCCGCUACCAGGAGACUGGGUCCAUCCGGCCUGGGGCCAUCGGCGGCAGCAAGCCCAGACAGGUGGCGACUCCGGAUGUGGAGAAAAAGAUCGAGGAGUACAAGAGGGAAAACCCAGGCAUGUUCAGCUGGGAGAUCCGAGACAGGCUGCUGAAGGACGGACACUGUGACCGCAGCACCGUGCCCUCAGUGAGUUCGAUUAGCCGCGUGCUCAGAAUCAAGUUCGGGAAGAAAGAGGAGGAGGAUGAAGCGGACAAGAAGGAGGACGACGGCGAGAAGAAAGCCAAGCACAGCAUCGACGGCAUCCUGGGCGACAAAGGGAACCGGCUGGAUGAGGGCUCGGACGUGGAGUCAGAACCCGACCUCCCUCUGAAGCGCAAGCAGCGCCGUAGUCGGACCACAUUCACGGCUGAGCAGCUAGAGGAGUUGGAGAAGGCCUUUGAGAGGACUCACUACCCGGACAUCUACACCCGCGAGGAGCUGGCGCAGAGGACCAAGCUGACUGAGGCACGGGUCCAGGUCUGGUUCAGUAACCGCCGCGCCCGUUGGCGUAAGCAGGCAGGAGCCAACCAGCUUGCAGCGUUCAACCACCUUCUGCCAGGGGGCUUCCCGCCCACCGGCAUGCCCACACUGCCCCCCUACCAGCUGCCGGACUCCACCUACCCCACCACCACCAUCUCCCAAGAUGGGGGCAGCACCGUGCACCGGCCCCAGCCUCUCCCACCGUCCACCAUGCACCAGGGGGGGCUGGCCGCGGCCGCCGCAGCCGUCGACACCAGCUCUGCCUACGGAGCCCGCCACAGCUUCUCCAGCUACUCGGACAGCUUCAUGAACCCGGCGGCGUCCUCCAACCACAUGAACCCCGUCAGCAACGGCCUGUCUCCCCAGGUAGGUGGCCUCACCAGACCGGUGUCCAGGAAACCACAGGCUCUUGGGUAUCUUGAGAGAGUUACAGUGGCCAGUGGGGAUGCUCCUUCCACUUUCACUGGUCGGUAUUCUGGGAUCCUCCGCCCUGGGUUUAUGCUCUUCAAGCUGCAGGUCUGGGUGACCCAGCAGGCAGAUAUGGAGAAAGGGUUCUGUCCACCAGAAGCACACAGAGACCGCAUUAUAGAUGUGCUCCGGGCCCGAAAGCCGCCCCCCCCGCCGAGCUUAUGA